AUGGAUUUGGCGCAGACUCUUGUGCGAUCGGUGGUUCGCGCCUUUUACGAUCCGCGCGAGGUAGACACGAGGCACAUUGUAAUUGUUGAUGCCCUCAUCACUCAUUCAGCACUACGAGAUGACGAUCUAUCCUAUCUGAUGGCGCAGAACACCAAGGAUAUGACCAAGAUUUGUGCAAAUCUCCAGGCUGACCGUUUCAUUCACCAACAUGUUCGCGCUGAGCUGCGCGAGGGCCAGCAGAAAGCAACAUCUCGCAAAUACUACUACAUCGACUACCGGCAGGCCAUUGAUGCCAUUAAAUGGAGGGUCUAUCACCUGGACAAGUCUGUACAGGGCAACGCGGUUCCAGCUGCAGAGAAGAAAGAGUACUUCUGCACUCUCUGCAAGUCUGACUGGACCGCCAUGGAAGUCCUCGAUAAUAGCAGCGAAAAAGGUUUCUUAUGCCACCGGUGUGGAAGCGUGCUCAUCCACGACCCAGAACGACAGUCGGGUGGCCACGAGCAGUCAACUCGUUUGAACAAUCAGCUCAAAUUCAUCACCGAUCUCCUCCAGCAGCUGGACUGCGUCGAGAUCCCCAACAACACCUUUGAAACAGCCCUCGAGGCAGCCAGACCCGUCGUUCGAGAUGCCACUAACCAAGUCGCACCCUCAGUUGUGGUGGAAUCAACGGACAAGCCGACUGCUGUGCGUGGCAUGGCUGAUACUGGCCCUAAGAGCAUUGCCAUUAGCAUUACCGCCACCAAUGGCCCUAGUGAUGCCGAAAAGGACGCCGAAAAAGUCAGGAAGGAAAAGAUUGCCCAACAGAAUGCUCUGCCCUCUUGGCAUACCUCUAGCACAGUCACGGGCAUUUCGUACGACGCUACCGAGAACACGAGUCUUGUAGGCAAGACGGAAGAGGAAAAGAAGCCCGACUUGGAUUCUAUCGACUCAAAGGAAGAUACCGCUGCCUCGCAAGCGUACUGGGCCAAAUUGGCAGAAGAAGCCGAGGCUGAGCGCAAGGCUGCGGAGGAAGACGAAGGCGAUGAGGAUGACGAGGACGAGGACGAAGACUUUGAAGACGCCAUACCGGCCAGCGUAAACACGAGCUUCGCGGGAGAGAAACGAGUGGUGUCAAGUGGCGACACAAGUGCUGCUGAAACACCCGCCUCGGAGGACAGACCGGCCAAAAAGGUCAAGGUCGAAGAGCCCGCAGAUGACGCUGAUAGCGAUGAGGAGGAUGUUGCAUUCGAGGAUGUUUGA